AUGGCGUUACGAUUGUGUCUGUUGUUGGGCGUGUCGUUGGCGUCAACUGCCUCGGCAGCGAUCGUUGAUCCGUCGGUUAUUAGUGGGAGUGCACCCGUGCCAGUGUCGACCGUCUCGGCGGCGGUCGCCGCCGCCGAGACGGUCGACAUGCAAGACGGCUGCAUCCACUUCCAAAUCGUCCACUCCAACAACGCACAGCAUUUCACCAAGCGCGCCGUCGAACUCUCGCUGGCCAACCGGUCCGACGUGGCCUACUACGCCAAGCUCGAGUUUGGCACGCCGCCGCAGGCGCAGUACGUGCAGCUGGACACGGGCUCGUUUGAGCUGUGGGUGAAUCCGACGUGCAGCUCGGCCGGCGGGCUGUCGUCGGGCGACGCCAACUUUUGCCAGGCCGUGGGCCGCUUUGAACCGUCGGCGUCGUCGACCUUUACGUCCUUGAACGUGGGCAAGCAGCUGCGGUACGGCAUCGGGACGGCCAACAUCACGUACGUGACGGACGACAUUUCCUUGCCGGGCACGUCGUCGGUCCUCUCCCAGGUCCAGUUUGGCGUGGCGACGGUGACGCAGGACGAGUUUUCCGGCAUCCUGGGGAUUGGCUACGGCCUGGGCCUGACCACGCGGUAUCCCAACUUUGUCGACGAGCUGGCCAUGCAGAACGUCACGCGCGUCAAGGCCUUUUCGCUGGCCCUCGGCAGCAAGGCGGAGCAGGAGGGCGUGAUUGUCUUUGGCGGCGUGGACACGAGCAAGUUUUCCGGGCAGUUGGAGCGUCUGCCCAUCACGCCGGCCAAGUUCUCGCCGGACGGCGUGCCGCGGUACUGGGUCAACAUGACGUCGCUGGGGCUGACGCCGGCGGGCACGGGAGGCGCCCCAAAAACGUAUCCCAACAGCAAGCUCCAGGUCUUCCUCGACAGCGGCUCGACCUUGACCCUCCUCCCCUCCGACCUGGCCAACGCCAUCGCCGCCGACUUUGGCGCCGCGGCGGCCAACAGCGACGGCUUCUACGCCGUCGACUGCCGGCUAGCGGCCACGGCCGGCGGCAGCCUCGAUUUCACGUUUGGCGGCACCACGGUGCGCGUGCCCUACAGCGAGCUGAUCCGGCAGUCGGGCAGCACCUGCAUGCUGGGACUGCAGGCCAGCACCGACUUUGUGCUGCUGGGGGACACCUUUUUGCGUUCCGCCUAUGUUGUGAUUGACCAAUCCGACAAUGUCGUCUGGAUGGCCCAGUACGCCAACUGCGGCUCAACCCCGGCCGCCCUCGCGUCGGCCGCGUCCCUCUCCACGCUGACUGGCGUCUGCACGGCCGCCAACAGCCUCGAGUUGUCCUCGGGCGCGUCGGCCUCUGCGUCGGCGACGGCCUCGACUGCAACAGGGACAGCGCCUGCCAGAACGGCCACAUCGGCCGCCACACCAAAAGCGGGCACGACCUCGUCGUCGUCGUCAAAUUCGGGUGCGACAACCAGCCCGGCUGCCGCUGCAUCGGACUCGGCACCAACAGCCUCCGUGUCAAGGAGGCGGGUGUAUGUCGUCGCUGGCAGCGUCGUGGCUGCGAUGUUGGGCAGUUCGAUGCUGGACUGGUUAUGA